AUGGCCAUGCCCACGGCCGCCGCGGCGCUGCUCCACCCCUCCGCUGUCGCCGCCCCGUCCCCCUCCACCUCCUCGGCGCGCCGCAGUGCCCCUUCCUCCUCCUCCUCCUCGGCGCGGUGCGGCGGCAAUGCCUCCGCCGGAAACGGCGCGGGCGCGCGGCGAGGUGCGGCGGUGCGGGCGAUGGUGGCGGGGGCCGCCGCGCCGGUGACCGGGGCGGCGGAGGGAUGCGGCAGGCAGGAGGCCCCCGCCGCGCCCGCCGUCGAGAUCCCCGUCACGUGCUACCAGAUCCUGGGCGUCACGGAGAAGGCCGAGAAGGACGAGAUCGUCAAGUCGGCCAUCGAGCUGAGGAAGUCGGAGAUCGAAGACGGGUACACGGAGGAGGUGUCCACCUGCAGACAGGCUCUGCUGCUGGACGUGAGAGACAAGCUUCUCUUUGAACAGGAGUAUGCAGGAAGCACCAGGGCCAAGGUUCCGCCCAGAUCCUCUCUCCAUAUACCCUGGAGCUGGUUGCCUGCUGCCUUGUGUGUCUUGCAGGAGGUUGGGGAAGAGAAGCUGGUUUUGGACAUUGGUCAGGCAGCUCUACGACGUCCUGAUUCUAAGCCAUAUGCUCACGAUGUACUUCUUGCAAUGGCACUAGCUGAAUGCUCCAUUGCAAAAGCUAGCUUUGAAAAAAGUAAAGUAUCUCUUGGCUUUGAGGCUCUAGCACGUGCUCAAUAUCUUUUGAGGAAAAAACCAUCUUUAGAGAAGAUGCCCCUUCUUGAGCAGAUCGAAGAAUCACUUGAAGAGCUUGCACCAGCUUGCACUCUAGAGGUUUUAAGCCUGCCCCGUACACCUGAAAAUUCUGAACGCAGGCGAGGUGCUAUUGCAGCUCUCUGUGAAUUGCUUGGACAGGGACUUGAUGUUGAGUCAUCAUGCAGAGUUCAUGAUUGGCCUUAUUUCUUGGGCCAGGCAAUGGACAAGCUAUUAGCCACUGAAAUUGUGGAACUACUUUCUUGGGACUCUUUGGCUACAACUCGUAAAAACAAAAAAUCGUUGGAGUCCCAGAGCCAGCGGGUGGUAGUUGACUUCAACUGCUUCUACAGGGCAAUGCUUGCACACCUUGCGUCUGGAUUUUCAACCCGCCAGACUGAGUUGAUAAGUAAAGCUAAAACCAUCUGCGAAUGCUUAGUUGCAUCUGAGAACACCGACCUGAAAUUUGAGGAAUCUUUUUGCUCGUUUCUUCUUGGAGAGGAAUCUGGCGCCACAGUUUUCGAAAAGCUUCAGCAGCUUCAAAGUAAUGGAAGUUCCAAUUCAAGAAAUUAUGGGUUAGCUAAAAAGAAAGACAGCAGUGACAAGGUUACUGUCAACCAGUCACUGGAACUGUGGCUGAAGGAGGUGGCACUUUCUCGUUUUGCAGAUACAAGAGAUUGUCCGCCAUCCUUGGCCAACUUCUUUGCUGCUCCUAAGCGCCUCAUUAGCACUUCCAAGCAGAAACUAGGGGCCACGAGAAGGGUCCUUUUGAGCUCUCAGACGUCUCCUAGUGCCUCCACAUGCAACAGAACUUCAGGACAGCAGAAUCCAAGAUUAAAUUCUACCAGCCAUCUCGGGGAAGCUGUAAAGCAGCUUGCACCAACCACCCUGGGGGUCCAGGGCCAUUCAUCAACGGAUAGGCCAGUGAAUGGUUUAAGUACAACAUCUGUUCCUCUGAAGCGCAACCCUGGAUCCCAUCCUGUAAGAACCUUGGAAUCGUGGGGCCUGACUGGGGAUGUUAUAGGAAAAAUCGCUUACACUGCAGUCCUGGGGUUUGCCCUCUUUGGUACAUUGAAACUGGUCAGGUUUCAGUUUGGGAACACAAAACCUGCCUCCUCAACUAGAGAAUCUGCAGCCACAUCUUCUCUGAAUGAAGCAUCUUCAUCAGAAAAUUCUUUUAUCAGUAGCAGAGUCAGGGAACAGUUUGAGAAGCUGUCAAAAAUGCUUUGGUUGAGCAAUAGGCUCCAUCCGAGAGGCGAAAGAAGUGAUCUGUCUCCUGGUUCUAGCGAUGUGGCUGCUAUAGCUCGCAAGGAAAGGAUGUCUCUUCAAGAAGCAGAAGCGCUUGUGAAGCAGUGGCAAGAUAUCAAGUCCGAAGCUCUUGGCCCUGACUAUGAAAUCGAUAUGCUCUCCGAGGUCCUCGAUGGUUCGAUGCUGUCAAAGUGGCAAGACUUGGCUUUAUCAGCAAAGGAUCAGUCCUGUUACUGGAGAUUUGUUCUGCUGAAUCUCUCUGUUGUCCGAGCCGAGAUCCUGCUGGAUGAGGCUGGUGACGGUGAAGUGGCGGAAAUCGAUGCUGUGCUCGAGGAAGCUGCUGAGCUUGUUGAUGACUCCCAGCCCAAGAAGCCCAGUUAUUACAGUACGUAUGAAGUUCAGUACACGCUGAGGAGGCAGGACGACCGAUCGUGGAAAAUCUGCGAGGCCGCUGUCCGGGACCUGUCGUGA